CUGGAUGCAUAGAUGAUGCAGAAGGGAGGAAAAAGAGGAUGGGGAGAUGAGAGCUGAUAGAGGAGAUAUGAUUUUGGAAGGCCUUUGAACAUGGGAAGAGUAGUGGAGGAGGGUUGGGAGAGGCAGGGGAAAUUUCAGGUGGGAGGUCGACAUCAAGAGAGAUGAGAUCAAAAAGUUGGCGGUAGAGGAGUGAAGGGUGUGGGCUGGGUUGAAGUGGGAAAGAAAGCUAGGAUAGGUAGCAGGGGGACAGGGCAUCUAAUGGACAUCUUCUAAGUGAUAAAGAGGAGUGAAGUGCGGCUCUUCCCUAUAAACUCCGAGACAUUAGAUUCCAGUGCCUCAAGACACAUCAACACAGAGAGCUCAGUCUAUUUAGAAUUAAGAUGGUCCCUGGAACACAGUCCUGUCGAUCAUUUGUCUAAGGGAAGGCAGAUUUUUCACAUUACAGAAACAGACUUGCUAAUAAUACCGUGAAGGUACUCUAGUUCUUAACCUAUUUCAUUAUAAUAUAUUCAGGACUAACCCGGGAGGUGUUUCUUCCUCUUGAAUCAAAGGAAAAAGACACCUGAAACACCUGAAGCACAGUUUGAGACUAAAAUGCUGGGCUGAACUUGUCUCUAAACUAGGUGAUGGCUGAUUCAACAAAACUGAUUUCAUGGUCAUCAUUUCUUAGCGCUAUCGAUGGAGACGAUUCUGAAUUCACAACUUCUCUGGAUGAUUACUACUAUAACAUCACUGAAAAUGUCUUCUGUGAGAAAUCUAAUGUCAGGCUCUUUGCAAAAAAUUUCAUCCCCCCACUCUACUGGACUGUGUUCACCGCGGGCAUUUUAGGGAACAGUCUGGUGAUUUUGGUCUACUGGUACUGUAGCCAGAUGAAGACCAUGACGGACAUGUUCCUCCUGAAUCUGGCAAUUGCAGAUCUCCUCUUUCUCUUCACUCUCCCCUUCUGGGCGGUUGCAGCCGCUGACCAGUGGAAGUUCCAGAAUACCACGUGUAAACUGGUCAACAGCAUGUACCAAAUGAACUUCUACAGCUCCAUGCUUCUUCUCACUUGCAUCGGCAUGGACCGGCACAUUGUGAUCGUCCAAGCCACGAGAGCUUUUAGCUGGAAGCAGAAAAGGGUCGUUUACAGCAAAGUGAUUUGCCUCUGCAUCUGGAUGGUGGCCACGGCUCUCUGCAUCCCGGAACUCACCUUCAGCCAAGCCACGGAGACGAAUGAUGUGAUGACCUGCACCGUGGUUUACCCUGACGACGGAACUACCAUGCUCAAGGCCUCAUUCAUGAUGCUGAGAUUCAUUCUGGGGUUCUUCCUUCCCCUCCUGGUCAUGGUUUGUUGUUAUGCCACCAUCAUCCACACCCUGCUUCAAACCAAGAGGUCAUCCAAGCACAGAGCCUUCAAGGUGGCCAUCGCCGUCCUCAUCGUUUUUAUCCUCUCCCAGUUCCCGUUCAACAGCCUUCUCCUGGUGAAGACUAUUGCUACCUUUAAGCCUAGUGAAGACAGGGCAUUUAUCUCCAGCUGUGCCCUCUCUACUAAACUCGACAUAGGUUUCCAGAUCACCCAGACCUUGGCAUUCUUCCACAGCUGCCUGAACCCAGUUGUCUACGUGUUUGUGGGCGAGAAGUUCCGCCAGGAUCUCCGAAAAGUCCUGAAGAAACUGGGGUGCAUCAGAAAGACCUCAACGUGGAGGGAAGGAAAGGGACUGAGCUCCACGCUGUUGGAAACAACAUCCGGGGCACUGUCCCUUUAAGGGGUCCUCUCACUCACCGAGCUUCAGAACUUCCCACCUCACAUCUGGCAGGAAACCCAAGCAGGGGAAUAGAAUGAAACAUUAAUGAAAAACGUCGCUUUUGGGUACUGUAAAGUAACGUGGGUUAAGGCCUUGGAACCCCGUGAGUGAGAGAGUCUGUGUCCGAUCUGAUUAUAAUAAUGAUGGCAUUUGUUAAGCGCUUACUAUGUGCCAAGCACUGUUCUAAGC